AUGGAAAUUCAUUCUAAAGAAGCACGAAUAAUCUUAGCUAUUAAGGCUAUUGAAUCAAAUCCAAAAUUAACAAUUCGGAAGACAGCUCAGCUCUAUAGUGUGCCUCGAUCUACAUUAGAUGAUAGAAUUCGAGGUAAACCUAAUAUGGCUGAAAGUCGACCAAAAAGCUAUAAUUUGACUGAAUUGGAAGAGGAGGUUCUUAUUCAAUAUAUACUCGAUCUGGAUGAGAGAGGAUUUGUACCUAAAUUAAGUGGUGUGGAAGAUAUGGCGAAUUAUAUACUCGAAUCGCGGGGUGCGAAGAAGGUUGGAAAGCUCUGGGCUCAUCGCUUUGUAAAACGAUGUUCAGAACUAAAGACGCGUUUUAAUCGCGUUUAUGACUUUCAAAGAGCUCUCUGCGAAGAUCCAGAGUUUAUUGAAGGGUGGUUCCGAUUGGUAUCGAAUAUGCGGGCAAAAUAUGGUAUUCAGGACUGCGACUUCUACAACUUCGAUGAAACCGGUUUUAUGAUGGGCGUAAUAUGCCCCGGAAUGAUUAUAACUGGUACUGAACGAUGUGGCAGAAGCAAAGCAAUACAGCCAGGCAAUCGAGAGUGGGCUACAGCGAUUAUAUGUGGUAAUGGAGAGGGUUGGAUUAUACUACCAUUUUUAGUGGUGCAAGGACAAUAUCACCUCUCUAAUUGGUAUACGGAAAGCGAUUUUCCUGCAGAUUGGGUUAUUAAACCUACUUCUAAUGGAUGGACGAAUAAUGAGACGGGUUUAGAUUGGAUAAAGCACUUCGACAAGUAUACUAUUCAUCGAAGGAAGGGCAAAUAUCGAAUGCUAGUAUUGGAUGGGCACGAAAGUCACGAAUCAAUACCUUUUCAGUUAUAUUGCAAGUCAAAUGAUAUUAUAUGCGCAAAGUUACCACUGCAUUCAAGUCAUCUAAUCCAACCACUUGACGUUGGAUGUUUUAGUGUAUUAAAACGAGCAUAUGGUUCACAAAUUGAAGGAUUUAUCAAGGCUCAUAUCAAUCAUAUCUCUAAGGUUGAAUUCUUUAUAGCUUUCAAAGCUGCAUAUCAACAAUCGAUUACAGUUCAGAAUAUGAAAGCUGGCUUUCAAGGAACAGGACUAAUACCAUUCGACCCUCAAGCUGUGCUCUCGAAAUUGGAUAUUCGAAUUCGUACGCCUACCCCUUUACCCAUUCCCUUGGAAUCUGCCGAUUCUUGGGUCUCUCAAACACCUCAUAAUCCAACUGAAGCUCUUUCACAAUCGACUUUAGUAAGAUCUCGAAUUGCUCGACAUCAAUCAAGCUCUCCUAUACCUAUAUUCGAGACUGUAGCUGCUUUGGCUAAGGGUACAAAACAACUAACUCAUGAAGUUACACUUUUAAGUACAGAGAAUUGUAUACUUCGAAAGGCAAAUGAGACAUUAAGCAAACGUCGAUGUGCUAAAAAAGUUCAACUACGGAAUGGAGGAGUACUUACUGGACAGGAAGCUGAGGAUAUAUUAUCACAACAAGAGGUAGAGGUUCAGAUUCGACGCGACGAGCAUCAAAAUGGGAGAAAUUCUAAUGGGGAAUCUUCUACUAGUCGAUGCUGUAGCAAGUGUGGAAAGACCGGUCAUAAUUCAAGAACUUGUCAGAAUGAUGUAAUAGAUCCUAGUUUAUUAGAUUCUUAA